AUGUCCGGGGAUUUACAAGCAACGAUAGAAUUCGCCGUCGAAUUUUCCACGUUUCACAACAUCGAUCUCUUUCAGCGAGGGUAUGUAACGCUUGAAAUAACGUUUUAUGUAUAAAUGUGUAGCUAUUAAUUUAAUUUUAUUAUGUUUGUAUUUCCUUAAUCAAUCCAGAGAUUAUAUAUAAGAAAUGUUCUACAUCAAAUUAUUACGAAAAGGAAACCGAAAUUAGAUUAGUGACACUUAACAAAUGACUUUGAUCGCUCGUUUUUUCCAAUUUUUAUUUUUUCUAUUUGAUGUAUAAAUCCUCUAUGAAAUCAAACGAUUAUAGGAAUUUUAAAGAUGGUAUUCAUUAGUGUAAGAGAUUAAUUGACUUUACUAUUCCCCAUAGAAAUUUUCAGAUAUGUUUAGGCAAUACACCCCGCCGUGAUCAAUAACAAUGCAUAUCACUUUGAUCUUUUGAUAUUAUUCAUAAGAAAAAAAAGUCAUUCUCUCUCCAGAUGUUAGCUCUAGACAAAAUUAAUCUGAUUAAAUUCUCCAGAAAAAACAUGAACAUCUACAACAGAAAUUGGAUGUACUGGUACUCUACUAUAAGUUCUCAUAUAUGUGUAGUUACACCUUCUUCCUUGUUAGGAAUACUUUUUCCUGUUAAAAUUCAAACAAAUUCUUAUUUUUGAACCAGCCCCAAAUAUUUAAAUUCAGGUUCUUUGCAUUCUCUAAAAAUAUGCCCAAGACAUAUCAAAGAAACUCAAUAAAUUUAUGUCACAUAAUCCCCUGGUUAACAGUUAAUUUCUUCAUCAAAUUAUAAUGUGAUCUUUUUUAUUUGAAUGAGUGGGUAGUAUUUAAGGAGGCCCAAUACUCAAGACCUCAUGGCUUCUAAAUUUAGACAUCCUCGUUACAUCUUAUCUUUUGUCUUUUUAUUUUACUGUUUUCUUUGAUUUCUCGUAUAACAUCUAUUUUUUUUGGAUCAAGAACAGAUAAAGUAAAUAUUGAAAAAUAAUUUGUUUUAUUCUGUAAUAGUUUUAAGUCCCCUGCUGAGUGGAAGAAUUUGAGCCGAUAUUAGUUUCAAAAUGAAAUCUGUUCCCAGGUGGCUGUAGAAUGAAAAAUUAAUCCAGGAUAGUUAUUAUAAAUCAAAAAGGUCAUGAAGGUCACAACUCACAACACUCUGUUUGAUCCUUAGUUUUGUCUUAACCCUUUAACUCCCAAGAUCUCAUUAGUAACUCUUCUUACUUUCUGCCAUACAGUUCUUGUGAUGUUAGUUUGGAUAAUUUCAUAUUUUAUCAACUUAUAAUCCCCUAACUGAUAUUUUUCUUCAUUCUCAUCACUUGUCUGCUGGAUAUUGUAUUGCUAUUUUAAGGAGAAAUUCUAUCUUGGUCACUCAUGGGAGUUAAAGGGUUAACCUUUUCACUCUCAAGGAUGACCAAGACAGAAUUUCUCCUUACAAUAUCAAGACAAUAUCAAGCAGACAAGUGAUGAGAACAAAAAAAUGUAUCAAUUGUGGGAUUAUUAGCUGAUGCGAUACCAAAUGGUGACCAGGUUGGUCACAGCUAAGAGUACUUAGUGAAAAAAAAGAUUUUAUCAGAUGAUAAAUUGAGAUAUUUGAACUGGCAGGUAUUACCAUAUUCGUUGUACUCUUAAACCUCCCGUGAAGGCAGCAGCAAGUGUGGAGGUAGAAAAAAGGCUUGAUACUGUGUCAGGUAAGUAAUUCAGAGUACAAUUUAAUCAGAUAGCACUCUUUUGAAUUACAGUCUCUCAAGCUGAGGAAACCCAGAAAUAGAAUUUGACAGUUAUGUCCAUCCCAUCAUCACAGAGAUCAAGAAUUAGUCAUGGCUACAGUCAAAUUAAUAGGAUCUAGAGAUGCAUUUAAAUUCUAAAAGUAGGAACACCUAUAAAGUACUAAAGAUAUUUCAAUAAUUCAGUUACUUUUUCUGCAAGAUGCAGCUGAUGGUGGAAUUACCAGCUGUGAUCUCAAAAGAAGCGAAACAAAUUUUUUAUAUAAAUUCUGAGCAGACAGUAACAAAAGAUGGUGUUAGACCAUGGCUAACCAGCUUUAUCAAAACCCCUGUAAUUUCAGGGUAGAGCAUGCAAAUAUGAUCACUUCCCACCAUAUAAAUGUAUAUCUCCGAGUUAUAAGAAAAAAAAAUUACAAGAAACUAUCAUUCUCUAGAUUACUUUAUUUGUAUUAUCCUGUGCUAUUUUUCAUCGAUAAAAAAUUUUAAAAAUUUGAAAUGUGUAAUGUGCAUAUAUUCAUAUAUUCAGAUCAGAGAGAACCAAAUAUUUUAAAUAAACAUAAGGUGCUUGAAAAUUCCAACUUGCAUGAGGCAGACCAGUUGGCUAUUUACACAGUACUAGUAUAGCCAAGGAGUUGAACUCAGGGGGACUGAGAACAAUCAAGUGACUGACAGGGUGGAGGACUUGAACCCAGGACCAUCAUAUUACAAGUCUACUUGGCCACAAUAAUUUACUUCAUCAAAUGUAGUGUGUGAUAAAGUUAUGACAUCAUAACAACUUAUACUGUUAUUUUCUUUUUAACAUCACAGACAGCCAAGAGGCAGAAUACCAAUUUGGAGCAACCAUCAACUCUUCUGGGCAGACAGCUAUCUCAAAAACAUUCCAAAUUCUUUACAGAAAUGAGUCUGUGGUGUUGAAUGAUUCCUUUGUUUUUCGUCUCCAUUUGUUGGUGAACAGUGACAAGGUAAAAGUCCCAUUAAAAUCUCUCUAUCAGUGGUACUGAGUUGGUGGGAGAGUGUAACAUGUCAAAAGAGUUGAUUAUGUAAAUUGCCACUGUCAAGAGUUUCAAAGCUGAUGUUUCAAGCAUUAGCCCUUCUUCAGAGUGAAUGCAUUGGAAAUGAUAUAAAGUAAACAAUGUUCUCUUUAGAUUGUCCAGGAAAUUGACCAAGGAGAUUAUCAAAUGUCAGUGGAACUGUUUUUCUCAGACUCAGACUAUGGGUGAGAAAUUUUUCAACUAGAUAAAUUCUUUUAACAAGUUUGCUUACUCACAUAUUGGCUUUGAGUGCAUUUAUUUAAUAAUAUGGUAAGUUUCUUUACAUUUUUUAUCCUGCUGUUACAUGGAUGAUUUAUGACAGCUGUCUUUUCUUGAUCAAGAUCCUAGAAAUUAGUUUUAUCCUUUGCAGUUGUAGGGAUUUCAAUCUAACUGUCCACAUAACAGUACUGUAUUAAAAUUUUGUAGUAUUUUUCUUUCUUCAUCUAAACCUCAAAUUUAAGGCUGCUGCAGUUAUCCUCCAAUUUGGAAAAAAGAAAUUAUUGAAGUAUUUUGAUUCUGUCGAUAAAAUAAUUUUCCUAGUUUUAAAUCUUCUACAUAUCACAUCCUCACUCCUUUGCCCUAGGUUUACCCUUCAGUAAUUUGUCUAUAUCUUUGGCAAAGCAGUUAAUUGUGUCCCUCCAUGAAUAACUUAAAGAGAGAGAGAUGAAGAAGCUGGAUGCUUUAAUUUUAAGAGGACACGUUUCUUUUUUUUCUUUGUCUUCUCCAACCAAGGCUUAAUUCUGGGACAAUGUCAGUAUCUGAGAAACUGCGCACCUACCCCUUCCUUAGCCCAACUCUUACCCUAACUUAUUAUCAAUUGACUGUCACUGGGUUAGGGGAGGGGUAGGUAGGUGCUCAGUUGCUCAGAUACUGAUUUUGAUCCCUAAUUCUCAUCAUCCUUGUUUUCUCAUCAAACAGAGUUGACUCAGUUGAAUCUCUUACAAAUGUAAGCACCCAAACAUUAAAACUGCACAUGUCCUGUGUGAAAGGUCUGCAUCACCAUGUGCCUAUCUUGUUUGAUUAUUAUCACUUUGCUGUCAUCGACACAACAAUUCAUGCCACAGUAACAGCACUUGGUCUUCCUGAUCACAGGUAAUUGCAUAAAAUUUUCUCUUCAUGCAUGCAUGGUCUAUCACUUUAUUCUCGAUUAAUGGGCAUUUAUUUAUUCAGAAGGCUUGCAAAAUUUAGCUGCACACAGCUGAACAACAAUCUACUUGACAGAAGAAUAACAUUGCAUUUUUUGUGUAUACUGUUUAUUCCUAAUGGCACCUGUUAACUUGUGGCAGUGAUGAAAGGUGUUUUGUUUGUCUCACUUUUUCUCUCUGCUUUUUACUCUCAGCAUUGUUAGACCUGUGAAAAACAACUGGCUUGGCAAACCACCUUCAAAUAUGAGAGUAUCAACACCAGCUUUCUAUGUUGUACUCUUCAGUAACAAGGCUUUAGCACCUCAGGUUAGGAAUGGUCUCAUUCUUUAUCAGCGUUUGAUCAAUUGAAUUCUUGAAAACAGACUGCAGCAAUCACUGUACAUCACUUUUACUGGCUACAGAUCUAUGGUCUGUACCAUUUCAUUUAAAAUAUUAAUAAAACUAAAGGCUUUCCAACCACCAAAUGAAGAAGUAUGCUCCUCUAAUGCACUGUUCAAGUCUCAAAAAGUGUACAUGCUCAGGCUCCCUUCUUUGUCUCCUAUCCAACCAUUGUGUGACCCAACCAAAGAAUGAUGGAAAGGUGACUAUUGGUAGCCAGCAAUACGAUAAUCUUAUCUAGAAUUUUUUCUGUCAUUGUUAGGAUUCUAACAAACAUGUAUACCAUCUUUCCAGAGUUCUAAAACAUCACUUGUGGAGAAGCAGCUGCAGUUUGCUUAUGACACACACAGGUUUGACAAUCCCAUUUACUUUUAUUAGUCGUUUUCUUUACAUAUGAAGUAAAAGAGCACAUUCUUAACUGCCAUAGAUUACUUCCGAGUGUGGAGGAGGAGAAAUUUCAUGGACAAGAAGGGGAAAUAGCACUGAAUAGAGCAGGAAGAGAAAUCAGUGGCUAAAACUGACAUAGCUAUUGUUUCAUGGAUCAUUUCUCUAUGCAAACGAAUAGGCAGAUAACAAGUAUUCAGGUUGAAUGUAGUUUUGAGAAUAUCAUGGAUGUGUUUUACUGUUCUAAUGAGUUACUUUAUGUUUUUUUUUAAUGUUAAUCUAGGUCAUUGUGCAGCACUUUGUUAUCUGCCCAAGUGAAUCUUUUAGCUUAUUUCCAAUGCUUGAGUGAGCUGCUUCCAGAUAAUCAAAGAAUGGAUAUUGGUAAGGUUUUGAUUUUAUCAGUACUAUCUUUUGCUACUACUUGAUUUCUGCCAAAAGAGUUAUUUGAAGUUUGAUGCAUAUUUAGAUGGCCAUUGUAAUUGACUCAAAAAAGUGAAACAAUCAGGCCAGCUCUUUCAGUCAUCUUUUCAUUUUUUGAAUCCUAACAGUUAUAAGCAUCUAAUUUCUCCUUAUAAUGUCAUCCCUGAAUCACACAUUAAGGUCUUGAGAGUGUAGGAAAUGAUCACCAACUAAAGAGGCUCUUUGCUGUCAAAUGAAUUAUCCUUGACAGCACCCUAGGAGCUGUUAGGAUUUAAAAGAUUAAGACUUAAAGUACUUCUAUUCUUCAGGAAUUGUCGACUUUGGUGAAAAGCUUGAUGUGCUUUGUGCGGCAGUAGAGGUGUGUAGUCAUAUUUUAUAUCUGGUUUUGUGUGAAAGUAGUUACAUCUGUUACAUGUGAAAUCUUUGGAUAGUUUGAUGCUUUCUCUAUGGGAAAAUUGAAGGUGUAUUCAAGCAUGACUACUACCAACAACAGUCCUUCUCAGGACUACACUCACCUGGACAAUCAGAUUACACUAUCACAUGUUACCCCUAGGUUCAAACCAUUUCCUGUAUUAAUCAGGUGUAUUGAAAUUGCUGAUCAAUAUCAGUAUCUGGGCAACUGCCCACCUACCCCUCCCCUAACCCAACAUUAACCUUAACUUGUUGUCAAUUGACUGUUGUUGAGUUAGGGGAGGGGUAGGUGGGCAGUUGCCCAGAUACUGAUAUUGAUCCGAAAUUUCAGUGUUUCUAAAAAAUGAAUUAAAAUGCUGUGAUCUUCAUUUUUUUAGGGAACAGUUGGGUGUGAGGAAACAUUUUCUCAAGUUUGUAGUGACCUCAAUAACCUUAGCUCUGAAGUAAGUCAAGCUUUGUUAUUCUGGGUAUUUUAAGAUCCAAUUAAAUAUCAUUUCCUGGUAACAAAUCACCUCUCCACAAGAGGAGUGAACCAUUUGUGAAUCAACAGUUUGUAGCACUCUGGACUUUUUAACAUACAGUCAACUAUCUCUGUAUUAUAUUCUCACCAGUAAUGUGUAAUGAAAUUCAAUCACAGGACUGUUUUAGGAGAGGAAGUUUUGUAGAUUUUUACCUGUGUGCAUUUUAUGUGAAAUUGUCCUAAUACAUGAUCAAAACCUUUCAUGACAAUUAUUUGUCAGUCAAAGGGUCAGCUGUUUCCUUCCAGCUUGAUCCUUGGACAAGUUUACUUCCCUUGCCACACUCGGGGCUUACCAGUGUUUACUUUGAAAUCUAGAAGUUAUAGCCUUUUUUUAAAUUUUUUUACAGCUUUCCUUAGUAUGGUCACAGUUUCUUGAGUUCUUCAGCCUCAACAAAGCUAUUUUACCAUUCAUGAGGAAAGAACACCAUAAACAUCGGGUAAGAAUUUAAUAUGUGUCUAUUGGGGGGGUAGGAGCAGUUUUGGAAAGGAGAGGAGACUGGAGAUAAGAGGUAGGAAAAGGAAGGAAAGGAAGAAGUGGAGGUGAAUCGGUGACGUGAGGAGGACACGUGACGGUAAAGAGACGAUAAGAUGAAGUGAACAGUGGGAGGAAUCUGAAUAGGGACUGGAGGAGGUGCCAUGUUCUUCUCUGAUAUUUCGCUGCAAUGAAAUCUCUAAUCAGAGGCAAACUUUCUUGGGAUCCUAAAUGAAAUAAAAUUCAUACCUAAUUUUAUGGCGAUAUUUUAAAUCCCGUGGUGAUGUAUUUUCAAUGCACUUGUUUUUGUAGCUCUCUCACUUUUCUGAAGCAUUUUUCAUCAAGGAGUAUCCAUGGAAUGAACUUCAAAAUACACCACAUUUCUUGUAAGUAGUUCAUCUUUGUGGCACUCUUCAGCCUCUAACUUAGCUAACGCAGUGAGCUUUAUAUCUCUCAUUGCCAUUUAUUUAUAUUGGAUAUUUCGGUCCCGUAAAAUUCCGAGUUUCCAAGGGAGCCCUGGAUCCGAGUAGACACACGAUUGCCCCUGUUUCUAGUUGAGAAAUUUAGCCCAGUAAGACUUGUACUGGUUUUUGUGUCGUUACGAGAUUGGGAGUUGAAAUCAGUGACAUGUUUAGGGGCAACAGUUGGCUUUACACAUUGUCAUCAAUUCCCCUCAGGUAUCAACAGCAGCAAAGCUUGGCUCAGAGUGUGAAGACUUCUCGUUAUUACCAGAGUAUUCCUCCAGUGCAAGUCGAGUGUCCCCUGUUAGAUGGAGAUGUCUCUUCUACUCCAAUUAUAUUCGAAGAUAAGUUUAGUUUUUCGGAGCCCAGAGAACCAGGUAUCUGCGCCUCGCUUCUAAUGUAGACAAUCAUUAGUUCACUUCUUGGAGGUUGAAGAAUCUACGUCAGAAUAUUUAAGGGAUAAUUUUUUUAAGAACCUUAUACCUUGACACAAAAGACACCGAAGACUGCAAUUGGGGCAAGUUUCAAUUUAGUGUCUAAAGUCAUUCAGGAUUGCAUAGUGUUUCUUUUACUUUGCUUUGUGAUUGAUCCAGAAAACUCGCGCCACCUCAACCAAUCAGGUAAAAAAGAACGACCAACCGUCAAGGCACUCACGUGCAUUUGCUGGUUUUUACUCUGAAUUCUCAUUGGUUCGUUGUGAUAUUUUCCUUUGCUGUGAUUAGCCGUUCUGUUAACUUUUUUUUUGGUUUCACGUCACUCAAACGAGAAGCGCUCUUUUGCAAUAACAAUUUUAAGAGCUGACGUCAUAACAUAACAUGCCUAAAUCUCUUCAUGUAUAUUUUUUCAGAUUUUCCCAGAAACCCAGAGAUGGAAGAAAUAUUUUUUACAGUUGGUUUGGAUGAGACUGAUAAUAUCACGGAUGAAAGUUUUCUGGUAAUCAAUGGUCAAGGUAAUGUUUCCAGAGCCUUUACGAGGUUUUUUUUUGUCUCCAGCCCGCUGAAUAUAACUCAUUUUGUUUUGAAAGAUGUGUCUGUCUGUCUUUCAAUUUCUUGUUAUUAGUUAUUCGACUUUCGGUUCUUUCAUAUAUCAGAGAUCCUUCUAGUGAGGAACGAUACAAGCCUUCCAAUAGUGCCUGAAAGUAACAAAAGUUUUAAUUUGUUUAGAUUCUGAUGAAGCCGAAAAGAACGGCGCAGCGUCGAAAACAGUUUCAGAAGAGAGUGUGCACCAACCAGAGAUACAGCAGGGCGAUCCUAGCAGUGCAACAGAGAAGGCACUUGACAAAGAAACGGAUUUAACUGAAGGCAUAGGCGAAGUAGAAAGCACCGCUGCUCUUGAUGAUAUAGACAUUGCUUUAAAUGGCGAGAUUGACGAUACACCUAACGGAAAUUCUAAUUUAGCCGAAGAUUUGUCGUCGUUUUUAAGUAAUUCGGAAAGCACUCAACCGCUCAUAGCCGAAGAUAGUAACAUUUCUGAUAAUGAAACGCAUUCUGAUGAUAAAGAUGUUGAAGUUGAAAGAACUUGUGAUGUAAAAUCUUCUGAAGGUGAUGAGGAACAAAAGGAAUUGGCCUCUGAUAAUGAAGAGUCCGAAUUUUUAGACGCUGCAGCAAUAAAUGGCAUUGAAAUGUCACCUAGUGCGACAAUUGACGUUGAGAAUUCUGAUCCGUUAGAUGACAUCGAUAGUCCUUCGGAAAACGCACCGGAAAAACAAACCGAAAAGGAAAGCAAAGCGCACAGCGAUGCCGAGUCAGCACUCGUUAGUAAUGAUACUGCCAAAGAAUCUGUUGAAAUCACAGACAGCUCGAACGAGGAAAAUUCCGAAGAUCCUGAGUUACAAUUUAUUGCUAAUGGCUCCCAGGAUGAGUUAGUCUCCUCGUCAACAACCGAAACUGCAGCAGACUCGAGUAAUUACGAAACGCCGAUGUCUUCCGAGGCGUCCACGAGUGCAACUUCGGGAAGCCAAUCCAACGUCGUGACCGAACAACCGAACGUUAAUGGGGUUUCGUCUCGUAACUCGGUGACUGUCACCGAUAGCGCGCCAACCGCACCAACAAGGAAAAACAAAAAGAAAAGCGUCCCUAAAGGACUUUCUUCGAGCUCGUUGGGAGGUUGUUUUCCUUUGGCUUGCGCGGGAAACACAUCGCCUGCAUUUACUUUGUCACGAGGAGAUUCUGUGUACGGAGGCAGCGUGAGGUCGAGGUCAGUUGAAUAUUCUUAAGUAACGGUAGGUUUACCCUUUACACCCAAACAUCAGUAUGCAUAUUCUCCAUACUGUCCUUUUUACAUUUUGAAUGCUGUCGAGAAGGAGAAUUUGAAACCAAUCAAGAGCAUCUUUAGUUGUUAAUUAUUUCCUUUAUUCUCGCGACCCUUGUAUGUGAUUCUGGGGUGAUAUUCUAAGGAGAAUUUAGAUGUUAGUCAUUCUGAGGGGUCAAAGAGUCAAGUCUGUGCCCAUCCAUCUGGAGCUUGUACUUCUCCCCUCGCCCCUCCUGGAUGGUAGGCUAGUCUACCGCAAGGUUCCCCUCCCCCAGCAUUUCAUCAGGCUUCCGAGAUAAUUGCCGCUUCGAAGUCCAAGAAGCACAUUAAACCCCGCCCCCAAAAAAAGAAAAAACAUGGUUGACCGUCAUUUUUUAUGCACUCUUCUUGUUAGGUUUGAAAUAGCGAAGAGAUCAGUGAAACGCAGUCUAAACUACGCCUGUCAAGUAUACAGGUGAGAUGGCAACUUUUGAAUUUUGAUAUGAAGUGCCCUGGCUAAUACACUUGUUGUUAAAUAGCUCUCGUCAAGUAGAAGUGAAGAAACAAAGACGUAUAUAUUCGACUUUUUUUUUCCAAAAACAACUUGCCAUUCCAAGUGAUCCGCUAUGCAACCAAGCUUGCUAAGAACCUGCCUUACUCCAAAGCACUUUUUAUCUCGUCUCUGAAGGGAUAUGAAAAGCUUGGGAGCCAGUUAGAGAAUGGAGACUCCAAUUUAAUUAUUUAAAACAGAAAUCAACAUAUUCAUUCAUCCACGAAAGAUGUUUUGGUUACCAACUGAAUUGGUAAUGUGAAUUAACCACCCUAAUCAGUUGCUAAAGCUGAAGGUUCCAGCCUCAGUCCUUUGUCAUUCGCUUUUAUACUCUCCCCUCUGCCCCCCUCCUCCGUACCCCCUCCACGGUACCCCUUCCCCCGUACCCCCUCCUCCGUACCCCCUCCACCGUAUCCCCUCCCGUACCCCCUCCACCGACGCAGUAGAACAGUUUCUUUGGCAACUUACCCCUUUUAUUUAUAAUUUCUUUCAGUUUGUUUAUCUCUACAAAACUAAAAGCAUUUAUUUGUUUUUUCAGUGACCGCCAAUUGGUAGGAAUUCGUGAGCCAUAUUUUAGCGCUGAGGCGCCUGAAGGCAUUGAGACGCAUUUGAUCGUUUGUGUACAUGGAUUGGACGGUAAGCUGCUCAGUCCCAAAAGUGAUUAACAUGUAACUUCUCCCCAUUAUAUCAAUUCAGUAUCCAGCAAGCAGGUAGUGAGAAUACUCAAACUUAUCAGGUAGGAGUUGUUAUCUUGAUCUCACACCAAAUUCUCGUAACUGAUUUGCAAGGAAAUGCUUAGCAGCUAGUGGGGAGAAUUAACAAUCAGAUCUUGAGAGUCAAAGGGUUGAGCACUUUGCAAACUUGAGCACUACCGUUUUUUCUGUGAUCAACUUAAAGUUUUACUGACUGCACUUCAAUUAACUAUACAGGGAUCUUCUGGUUAAAAGUGUAGAAUUGGCGACUUAAAUUCAGCAUUCCUAUCUUUGUUCGUUUAAUACACAAUUGAUAAAAAUGCAUCUUUUUUCAGGUAACAGCGGGGAUCUUCGCCUUGUACGUUGUUACUUGGAAAUGGCCCUUCCUUCUACACGACUGGACUUUCUCAUGUCGGAAAUCAACCAGGUGAAAAGAAAUGCCGCCUUCUAUCAUCUUAAAUGACACGGCUAAUGAUCUACUGGAAAGUUUUGUCUCAAAUUUUCCUUGACUAAUUCAUUUUGCUGUGUGCGCUGUCUUUUUAAGUUGUUUUAGAACCACGGCACCUAUUAUAAGGACUCAUCUAAGCCCCUAACGAGGGAACCUCUUACUUGGUGCGGAACAAAAGCCAUUUUUUGCGUUUUUCGCGAGAGGGAAGGCAAGUGCGAGGCGCACGAGGAGAGCGCGAGUAGAGCCACUCGCGAAUAGAGGAACACGAAAAAAAUUGUUUUGUUUCUGCGCUCCAUCCUCGUCCCGCGGGCUAGGUUUGGUUUAUGACUCCUAAAUCCUAAGAAUAGACAAAACUUGUACUUACGAACAAUAAUCUAACCUCGAUGUAAUCCCCUGUUCUCCGCUUCGCAGCCUGACACUUUUGUGACGUUUGAAGAAAUGACUGAGAAGCUGGUUCAAGAAAUAACGCAUCAUAUUGAGGCCUAUAAUCUCUUCCCCACGAAAAUCAGGUUUGUCGGUGACUAGUUGUUGUUUUGUUAGGGUGGUCAUGCGAUUUUCCUUGUCUUUGUGGCCAUGGGGUAACUGAACAUGACGUGACAACUCGUAAUUAUUUUUGUUGUAAAAGAACUUUGGAGCGUGGCCGCAGUGACUUGUGACAAGGUAAAUGAUGAGGCCAUGAUGUCUAAAUCUGAGAAGGUUAUUUUGAUCGCAGGAAUGGGAGUUGUAUUAUGCGCUUAAAACUGACCCAACUACAUCGGCUACCAAACAUACCUGCCGUUUGAUUUUUUCCAAAAUAUUAUUAUGAUACUUAGUAUUAUUGUGACACUUAAAACUUCAAUGAUGCAAAAGCUAGCUAGAACGUUUACCUCUGACUUAAAAUCUGAAUGACCCAUUUCGCAGGGCGUCCAGUUUUCAAAAUCUUGUUUUCGCCUACCCUUUUAAUUGUUUGUUUUUAGUAAUCGAAUAAGUGUUUUAACGCUCUCUAUUUUGUUCAUGUCUCAACAGUUUUGUAGGUCAUUCUUUAGGGAACAUUAUCAUCCGGUCCGCUCUCGGCCACCCUGAAUUGAGGCCCUUCCUGGACAAGAUCCACACGUUUUUGUCCCUUUCGGGUCCUCAUUUGGGAAUGCUAUACCCAACAAGUUCUCUUGUCAGCACUGGUAAGCCUGAUUCAGUUUUGGUUCGCGUAGUUGCAGGAGUUUAUAUCGUUUUCUGUGACAUUAUGCAUUUUUGUGCCCCUCUAGGUCUUUGUCUGUUUUUCUUUUGCUCGUACUUGCGAAAAGAGUGAAGUAUAUUACUCGUUGUCUUUUUGUUUUAGGCUUGUGGUUCAUGCAAAAGUGGAAGAAGUCCGAUUCGUUGUUACAGUUGUCAUUACACGAUCAUGCUGACCCACGACAAACGUUUAUUUAUCGACUCAGUCAAUCAGAAGGUAAUAAUUACCUGACGUAGUUGUCUUGUCCUUGUAAUCGUCCCAUGUCCUUUUCCCGUCGACCUUUGCCUUUCGACCUUUGCCUUUCGACCUUAGCACUUUUCCCGUUUUUCUGUCGAUUUUUUUUUUUUUUUUUUUUCCCAGAGUUCUGUGCGCCUUUUCCCUGUAAGCAAGGCCAGGUAUACAAACAAGUGGCAGGAGUCUGACCUCAAAAUUUGCGGACAUUAAUGCGUCGAAAAUCGUCUUCUGUAAGAUGCCAUGGCCGCAACAAAUUGCGUUAAGAGUUGUCUCGUGUAACGUGAAUUAAGGGAUGGUGUUAAAAAUCGGCGUUAAAAAUCGUCUCGUCGCCUAAACCCCUUCAGUUUUGAACUUAAAAGUUUAAAAAGUAACGAAACUGUUCAAUUUUUUAAAACUCAAGGUUUCCCAUCUUCUUUAGGCCUUCGGUACUUCAAAAAUAUUCUUCUGGUCAGCUCGGUACAAGACCAUUAUGUUCCAUAUCACUCGGCCAGGAUAGAGGGUUGUCGAGCAGCCAUGAGAGAUAACUCGGAUGUCGGUAAGUAUUGGGCGGAGAAUUGUUCGUUGUAUUUUAGACCACCUUUGCUAAUGUGGUUGUUGGUACUGCUUGAUUUUGUGCAGGCGUUGCGCUACAAGGCCCCAGUGCAAUGUACUUUGCAUACGGCAUUUUGCAGAGAGUUGUUCUAAACAGAUAUUCUUACUGAUACAGUGGCCAUUUUGAAGAGUGGGAAAUUUCAUUUUCAACGCUGUUUUUUGUAACCAAUCAGAUCCCAAAACAAGACUUGAGGAUGGCUCGGUUCCAAACGUUUUUCCGCGCUUUCUUGGACGUGCGUUGUGAUGGGUUUAAGAAAACUUGCGUCUUCUCAGUAACCAAUCAGAUGGAGACCCAAAACCAAGCUCGUUCUGAUCACGUGUUUCCCCGAGUUUGGAAUUGAUUACGUGUUUUUUUUUAAAGUUGGUUUUGGUUCAUCAUGAUUCCCUCCGUUUUUUCAAAUAAUCAAUUCAUCUUGAUAGCGGCUUGUAAUGCAACCCAAUUGCCUUUAUUUAUUUAUUUAUUUAUUUGUUUAUGUAUUAAUUUCCAGCUGUGGCCUACAGAGAGAUGAUAGACAAUCUUCUGAAACCACUGGAAGAAAGAAAAGACAUGAACCUUAUCCGUUACAGUGUUUAUCACAAUCUUCCAAGUUCAGCGAAUUCGUUUAUUGGCCGAGCUGCUCACAUAGCGAUGCUCGAUUCUGAACUUUUUAUCGAGAAGUUGCUGUUAGUUUCUGCGCUAGAUUACUUUAGAUAGGUAAACGUUUGAAUAGUGCUAGAAAUGCAGUCUCGCGCAAGUAAUCCUGACCUGAGAAAAUCUUAUGAAGUCUUUUUUUAUGACAACUAGUGAUGUAAGCCUUGUGAGCCAAAGUUGUGAGACGUUCGUGUUAUGCCGAAAACUUUCGGUACAUUUUCGGCAACCUUUCGAAACGCGCACGAAAAGUUUACGACGGUAAUCACUGAACCCGAAAGAAUGAUAAGAAAUUCACGAAGUUGCCAUCGGCAACAGCAAUUGUACUUGCGCUCAACUUGUUUUACGGUACCAUGGGAAUUGGUGUUGCCUUGAGGAGAGGAAAAAACGAAAUUGAUGGCAAAAUAUUUAGACGAGAAUGGUUAGGUAAUUCUGACAUUUAAGUCUUUUUGGAUGCAUUUAAGGUGUUUUGAUGCUAGAUAAAUUGAAUUAUGAUAUAGUAUAGGUUCAAUUUAAUUUUGAUUAAUGUGUAUCGGUAGUAAUAGCGUAUCUACUCGUAUUAGAAUUUUGUAUGGCUAUCAGCGAGAGAAUUCAGGAAAAUCCUUUGUACCUUUUGUUUGAGUUCCAAGUUUCUGAUUAUGUGGUCUUCGGUCUUCUCUAGAGAGAGAUCUAUUCGAAAGUAAUUAUUGAAAAUUGGCAUUUUCUUCCCAUCUUUUGAGCACAUGAAUCUAGCUUUUUUUUUCCAUUAGAAAUCUCUUCCUUGGUGUUUUCCUCUCUGCACGCUCGUGCAUGUUUCCCUUCCGUUAUUUACUGAUUUGUUUAUUUGUUUUUUCUUCCUCUUUCUGAUGAGGUGAUUUUAGCAAUCAGAAAGCACUUAAAAUGGGAUUUGUAUGGUUUAAUCGGGUUAGGGUACUUUUUGAAGUGAAUUUUUGUAUUUUGCUCCUUAGUAAACACUCUAUUUCAUAAAGCAUACCAUGAAAGGAACUCAAAUAUCGUAAUAAUUUCGUUUUGGAACAAGUUCGAUGAAAGCGUUAUUUGACAAGGCUGCUACGGCCCGUAAAUAAUUUUAGUUAAGACACAUCAUCUACAACGGAAUGAAAGACUCGCUUUUUAACUCUCGGUUGCAAUAUUUAUUAAUAAAUAGACAACGGACGACGCAAAAUAAUAUAGAGUUGUCAACAAGGAAUUGUAAUAGAUUGUAUCUUUUUAUUAUCGAUUAUUUCAUAAAUGAAUAGAACUGGUGGGUUUGCUGUAAUGUGAAUACCUAUUACUUCAUUUUGGAAAAUAAAAUAUUCGAGG